AAGAUCAGCGGAUCCGUCUAUGUAUUUUAUGUCUAUGAAAAAAAAUAGAAGCUUUCAGCUUUCAGUUGCAUGUCUCAAGAGUUGCACGUGUCAAGAAACAUAAGUUUGUUGUGUAUUGAUAAAUACAAUUAUCAAAGAUGUCUGGAAACAAGUGUCGUAAUUGUGGGUCUACAAAUAUUGAGACCGAUCCUGCACGUGGAGAUGCUAUUUGUAUGGAAUGUGGUUUUGUAUUAGAAGAUUCAGUUAUUGUUAGUCAACCAACUUUUGAGGAAUCAUCUUCGGGUAAAAUAAUGCCUAAAUACUUUGUCCCUAAUGAUAGCACAGGUGGUGCUACAAACUUUGGUGCACGUUACUUCAAUGAAAAAGAAUCCAGAAAAAACACCAUAGAAAAUGCCAGGAAAGGUAUAAUACAUCUUGGUCUGCAGCUAGGCUUAGACGAGAAUGAUAUCAACAUGUCUGUGACAUUUUAUAAAAUGGCUUUAGAUCGUAAUUUGACACGUGGGAGAAAACAGGUACAUAACCAGGCUGCCUGUGUGUAUAUUACUUGUCGACAUGGAAACAAUACACUUCUUCAUCCUAUUAUGCUUAUCGACAUCAGUGAUAUUCUUCAUAUUUGUGUUUAUGAACUUGGACGGACAUAUCUGCGGUUUACACAAGCCCUUGGCGUCAACAUAGUCUUUGCAGGUAAGCAGCUUGCAUAUGAUAUAAUUUUAUAUGUAAUAAUUGAUAACUGUAUAAGUACUAAUUGAUACAUAUUGUGCUAAAAUGCUAGCAAUAUUUUUUUAUUUAUCUCAUUGCAAUACUAAGAAUUAAAUAAACUUAAUAGUUACAUGUUUCAAUAAAUUACAUAAAAUUCUAAAUCUAAAAGCAUAAUUUUUUAUGUUAAUGUAUAAAACAAAUAAAAAUUUAUUCUAUUAUUUAUUAUACAAUCAGUUUUAUUAUAUAGAUAAAUGAAUGAUUUACAUAAAACUUGGGACUUCUUUUGUUUUUGAUUAAAUCUGAGCUGUGUUCUAAAAUUCACUGUCAGUACUGAAAGUCUAUAAUAUAUGUGUUACUUUGUGAACUAUAGAUUUUCAGUAGGCAGUGAAUUUUGAAACAUGGCCUUGAUUAAUAAAGCAUAAUUUUUUUUUUGAAAACUCUUACAUAGAGGCAUAGUUCUUAAAAUUUGUUUUGUUACUUUUAAUCAAGAUUAUGUAAUUUAUGAAGGAAAUCAUUAUUUUUAUACAUGGAAGAUAUUUUACUCCUAAUAUUAGAUUUUUAUAUAUGUAUAAUCUAAUAUCAUAACUAUAUAUAUAUUUUGUAAGAUAAAUUAUGGUACUUUGUGAUACAACUUAAUUCUGUAUUUA